AUGUCGGGAACCACACGGACUGAACCAGCGACUGAACUAACGACUGAACCAUCGACUGAACCAGCGACUGAACAAUUGACUGAACAAUUGACUGAGUCAUUGACUGAACCAUUGUCUGAACAAUUGACUGAACAAUUGACUCAACAAUUGACUGAACCAUUGACUGAACCAUUGACUGAACCAUUGACUGAACCAUUGACUGAACCAUUGACUGAACCAUUGACUGAACCAUUGACUGAACCAUUGACUGAACCAUCGACUGAACCAUUGACUGAACCAUUGACUGAACCAUUGACUGAACCAUCGACUGAACCAUUGACUGAACCAUUGACUGAACCUUCGACUGAACCAUCGACUGAACCAUUGACUGAACCAUCGACUGAACCAUUGACUGAACCAUUGACUGAACCAUCGACUGAACCAUUGACUGAACAAUGGACUGAACCAUUGACUGAACCAUUGACUGAACCAUUGACUGAACCAUCGACUGAACCAUUGACUGAACAAUUGACUGAACAAUUGACUGAACAAUUGACUCAACAAUUGACUGAACCAUUGACUGAACCAUUGACUGAACCAUCAACUGAACCAUUGACUGAACCAUUGACUGAACCAUUGACUGAACCAUCGACUGAACCAUUGACUGAACCAUUUACUGAACCAUCGACUGAACCAUUGACUGAACAAUUGACUGAACCAUUGACUGAACCAUCGACUGAACCAUUGACUGAACCAUUGACUGAACCAGCGACUGAACCAUUGACUGAACCAUUGACUGAACCAUCGACUGAACAAUUGACUGAACAAUGGACUGAAACAUUAAGUGAAUCGUUUACUGCCCCUCCUAAAUCGCUGUGUCUAGAAAUUUGGCAUAUACGAAGGACCGAGUAG